AUGUACAUUUAUUUAGAUUCUCGCACAAAACUAUCAACAAUUUCACAUUCUAAGUCAAAUAAUAGUAUUCAUGAAUCUUCAAGCACUCUCACAGCAAAAGAACCUAUGCAAACAGAAGAAUCAAUCAAUGAUAGUACUCAAUCAACAAAUAAUGCUUACCGUUACAGUAAAAAUAAUAAUAAUAAACCAACCAAAGGAGGAACACUUGGAAGUGUUGGAAAUCUUGAUACAAUUGAUAGCAAUGAUGAUGAUGAUAAUGAUGAUGAUGAUGAUAUUGAUGGGAAAUUUGAAAAAGCUAAAUUAGGCUUAGGUAAUCGUACAGCGUCCUGUAUGGAUAUACGUGGUUCACAAACAAGUAUAAAUAGUGCAUUCAGCGAAAAAAAAGCUCGGUAUGAUCUCGACAUAUCUGGUACUAUUGAACUAAAAUUAACAUAUGCACUAACAACAGGUGCAUUAGAUGUUACAAUACAAAAAUGUUCAAAUUUAGCUAAAGCAAAAAGAGGCCAAUCUUCUGAUCCUUACGUUAAACUUUAUUUACUACCUGAUCGAUCAAAAAAUGGAAAACGUAGAACAUUAAGCAAAAAGAAUACUGUUGAUCCAGUUUAUAACCAAAAAUUUCGUUAUCAUGCAACUAAACAAGAAUUAGAAACUCGUGUCUUAUGGAUAUCAGUAUGGAGUGAAUCAAUACUCGGACUAAAUACUUUUCUCGGCGAAAUAAAUUUGCCAUUGACUGGCUGUACGUUUGAUAGAAGUGAAGAAUAUCCAUUAUUAGCACAAAAAAAGAAAAAUGAUUUAAAACCAAUGCUGGAGCCAACAUUGGAUCCUGGUGAAAUUACAUUUCAACUAACAUUUAUAGAAAAUCAAAGAAGUAAAGACAUUGGAACAUUACAAAUACAUUACAUACAAGCAAAAGCAAUUUUUUUUGGUAAAAAUUUGCCUGACGUGUUUUGCAAAGGUUUACUAAUGCCUGAUAAAAUUAAAAAAAAGAUUCCAGGAACACGCAAAGGUCCAACACCUAAAUGGGAUGUGCCUCUACGAUGGGAUGGUGUACGUCUUGAUAAUCUAGAAAAUUCAUCUAUCGAAAUAAGUGUUUGGUGUCAAGAGAGCUUUCGAAAACAUAUGUUUGGUUUCGUACGUCUUAAUCUUUCCGCAGGGCAUUUUGCAAAUAAAGCAGUUGACUGGUUGGAUGCAACAAAAUUUGAAAAGACAGCUUGGGAAAGAUUUAUUGAUAGACCAACAAUCCUACAUACUAUUACACUUCCAUUACGACCCCCAACGACUCGGUCUAAGUAA